GGGGCCGCAGCAGGGCUCCAGCCUGUGGGACGGAUUAGCGCGCUGAUGUUCCAGCAGGGCUACCCCGGGUCAGGCUCUCAAGCCCCUGCUGCGGUGUCCAGGACCGAGGUCGGAGCACCCGCAGGGUUGACAGUAGAGGACGGGUCUGCGGUUGGGAACCGACCGUGCCGGGAGGGUUGCGGGACCCCGGAAGAGCCGCGGCUCCGUGGUUUGGGUGCGGGGGUGAGGAUGGCAGCAGAGGCCCUUUGGAGGGAGCGGCCCUGCACCGACGCGAGGGGGCAGCAUAGGCGACGCUCCCCGGAGGGACGGUCCGGAAGGCCGUCGGGGUUUGAGCUCUGGGAGGGACGAGAGUUCUCAGACCAGGCGGGACCGGUCCCCGCGGGCGCCUGGGGAGGCGCAGUGGCUUCUCCAGUUGUCUCCGUUUUCCUCGGUGCUGCUACACUCUGCCCUCUGUGUUCGGGACGCUUUCUCCCCAUGGAGUUCCCUGACUUGGGGAAGCAUUGUUCAGAAAAGACCUGCAGGCAGCUAGAUUUUCUUCCAUUGAAAUGUGAUGUAUGUGAGCAAGAUUUCUGUAAAGAUCAUUUUACCUACGCUGCACAUAAAUGUCCCUUUGCAUACAAGAAGGAUGCUCGGGUCCCAGUGUGCCCGCUGUGUCACCGCCCAGUCCCAGGGAAGAAGGGAGAGGUCCCGGAUGUGGUGAUUGGUGAGCACAUGGACAGAGAUUGUAGCUGCCGUCCUGGGAAGGAGAAGGUUUUCACCUUCCGGUGCUCGAAAAAGGGGUGUAAGAAGAAAGAGAUGCUGCCAGUGGCUUGUGACCAGUGUCGUGGCAACUUCUGUAUUCAACACAGACAUCCCCUGGAUCACAGCUGCACACACGGGAGCAGAGCCGUCAGCAUCGGGGGGUGAGAAGUCCCAGCCGGGGUGCUGGCCUGACGCCUCCCCGGACGAGGGUAGAGCCAGCUUCCCGCCCAUGGAGGGCGGUGAGCAGCCUGGAGCGUUGUUCUCUGUCAAGUGGUGGAUGCAGGAGUUUGCAUGAAUAUAAUCUUCAUUAAAGUUGGAUUCUAAAUUAAAGCUGGAGUCUAGCUGUGUU